AUGGCUGCCAAAGUACCCCGCAACUUCCGACUGUUGGAAGAGCUGGAGAAGGGCGAGAAAGGCUUGGGCGCAGAGGCUUGCUCCUACGGUCUGGCCGAUGGCGACGACUUGAUGAUGUCCAAUUGGAACGGCACGAUCCUCGGUCCACCCCACAGCGCACACGAGAAUCGCAUCUAUAGUGUCAAUAUCCACUGCGGUCCCGAAUAUCCAGACAAGCCUCCCACGCUCCAAUUCGUGUCCAAGAUCAACGUCCCCUGCGUAGAUCAGAAGAAUGGCAAAGUCGACCCCUCGAAGUUGCCCUGUUUAGCGAGCUGGCGUCGAGAGUACACCAUGGAGACCGUUCUCAUUGAAUUGCGAAGAUAUAUGGCCCUGCCACAGCACAAGAAGUUGCCUCAGCCUCCUGAGGGCACCAGCUUCUAG